CCAUGUUCUUAGUUAGGCUUAAAAACUUUGAACCUUUUUUUCAUGCAACUUCUCGUCUUGCUCUAAUUGCUAGAGAAGCCGAUGUCAAAUUCACACCAUUGUUCUUUUCAAUAACUGUUUCCAAUCAAUUCCCUCGUUUUGUUGCAUAUCUUGUAAUGACUUACAAUUGCUUCAUCAAUUAUAAAGUCGAUAAUGAUCAUACCUCAAGAAUAUCCCUUGAAUCUUUCCAUGACGCUCUCUUGGACGGCGGAGGUUCUCCUUCAAUGACUAUUCAUCUUCUUGCAAACAUUAACCAAAUGAUCCUUAGAUUUGAAUCUUCAAGCCAUGCCCCGCAAGUGCGUCAUGAAUUGUCAUUGAAACCGUCGCAAGAAGAAGAUCUAGGAGAAAUUGAUUAUGCAAAAUUUUUCUCAAUUGAUUCGAAGGCUUUAAGACGUGUUAUAAGAAAUUUACCCAUCUUCCAUGGGGACUCAAUAUGUGUUACUGCAACGAGGUCACAAGUCAAAUUCUCUAUUGCUUCUAAAGAGAUUGUUCUUACCAAAGAGAAUGAAGAAUGUAUAAUUGUAGGUUACGAGGGAGAAGAAGAAACUAAAAUGGGAAUAAAUCUAAAUCCAAUGUUGUUUUUUCUUAAUUUCACACAUGAUACACUUAGGGUAUGGUUCUAUAAGACAACCACUUAUCAUGGUGCCAUGGUUGUCCCAUCUUUUGGAUUUUAUUCUCAAUAUGUAAUCCUUUUUCCCAACUAUAAUUAGUUCCAAUAAUAAUAGUAUACUUUCUUGUCA